UGUCACUUUUAGGGAAUCGAAUUUACAUAUAAACACCACGUCCACAAGGCACUAAAUCAGUGCCUAUAUUUCUACACGGUCUCAGCUCUCUCUCUCAAGACUCUGAAUUCACUGAAGUCAUUCUCUAACAUGGCUGCCAACAUCUCCUCCGUCAUCGCCUGGGGCUCAGGAGAAGACGGACAACUAGGAAUCGGCAGCAACGAAGAGAAAGAGUGGGUCUGUGUCGUCAAAGGACUUGAGCCCUACAAAGUCCGCUCCGUGGUCGCCGGAAGCCGAAACUCCCUCGCCAUUUGCGACGACGGCAAGUUGUUCACAUGGGGUUGGAACCAGAGAGGGACCUUAGGGCACCCGCCUGAGACUAACCAAAACUCCCAAGCACACCCUAAAACAGAGAACAUUCCUAGCCAGGUUAAAGCUCUCGCAUAUGUCAAUAUUGUUCAGGCCGCUAUUGGUGGGUGGCAUUGUUUGGCUGUUGACGAUCAAGGCAGAGCCUAUGCUUGGGGUGGCAAUGAGUAUGGUCAGUGUGGUGAAGAACCUGAAAGGAAGGAUGACACUGGCAGGCCCUUGAAAAGGGAUAUUGUGAUUCCCCAUCGUUGUGCAUCGAAGCUUGUGGUUCGCCAGGUAGCUGCUGGUGGUACUCACUCUGUGGUGCUUACACGUGAAGGACAUGUAUGGACUUGGGGUCAACCGUGGCCUCCUGGUGACAUAAAACAAAUUUCCAUUCCUGUGAGAGUACAAGGCCUUGAAAGGGUGAAGCUUAUUGCAGUGGGGGCAUUCCAUAAUUUGGCCCUUCAAGAGGAUGGAACUUUAUGGGCAUGGGGUAAUAAUGAGUAUGGACAACUUGGUACCGGGGAUACCCAACCAAGAUCACAGCCUAUUCUUGUUCAAGGGCUUGCUGGUCUUAACUUGGUUGAUAUUGCUGCUGGAGGAUGGCAUUCAACUGCAUUGACUGAUGAUGGAGAGGUGUAUGGCUGGGGAAGAGGGGAACAUGGGAGGCUUGGAUUUGGAGAUAGUGACAAGAGCAGUAAAAUGUUGCCUCAGAGGGUUAAUCUUUUGGCAGGGGAGGACAUUGUUCAGGUGUCUUGUGGUGGGACUCAUUCGGUUGCUUUGACACUUGAUGGACGAAUGUUUUCGUUUGGUCGAGGUGACCACGGGCGACUUGGAUAUGGGAGGAAGGCAACUACAGGCCAACCAAUGGAAGUGCCUAUAAACAUUCCACCUCCAAAAGAUGCUGAUGCUGGUGCUGACGGACAUUGGAUUGCUAAACUUGUUGCUUGCGGAGGACGCCACACCCUUACAAUUGCAGAAUGGCAGAUUGAUGACUCAAAACAAUCAUAGAAUACUAAAUUCUAGUGACAAUGCUAAGAUUGGGGUUGUGUAGUAGACAUCUCAUAACCCCUUAAUAUGCAUAGGACAGAUUGGGAAUUAAGAAGGUCGAUAUUUGAGGCAACAUGCUUGCUUUGUUUUUUCUCUCUCUUUUAGGUUAAGUACUGGAUGAAAACCCAGUACGGAAAUAAUGUCAAAUCACGCCCACUAUGAAAAUAAUGUCAAAUCACGCCAAAGUGGGCGUUAGAAUCUGUAAUCUCCCACGUUAAGGGAUCAGAACCAAUGUUUUUUAUUAUUGAGAAAGCAUAAUAGAACAGUCGGUCA